UUUUAUUCGAAUUAAUCCUGUCUUUUUCAUAUACUUUUUUUUUCCUGUGCUAUGCAAAGUUCAGAUAUUGAUGUACAACUGCAGCUGUGCAGUGAUGAGUGGAAGGGACCUGCGUGCCUUCGUCACAAACUUCAGAUCAGAGGAUGGGGAAAAACUGGCACUACAGAUGAAGGAUGGUCUUUGGAACUCAAAGUACAAACCAGUGGAAUAUGAAGCACUACAAGCUAUUGUUGAGGCAAAGCAUCAAGAAUCUGAACUCAUUGGCCAGAGGGUUCAGAGAACUAGGUUUGCAGCCAAGGCAACCAAGACAAGCUCAGCUCUCCGGCGCCACAGGCAGGUUUGGGGCAGAGAGUACCCCAAGUUGGUCAACGCUGAAGAGAGAGCUGAAAGUGAACUGUGUGAUUUUCUCAGGAUGGUCAAGCCAAGCAGCACAACAGAUACCGGCAUCUUUUCACUUCAAGAUUAUGGGCAUUUCCUAGAGGGGGAGCGAGAGGCGUUUAGGCUCGCCACAGUGGAACCUGUUCUUCAGCUCAGGGAUGACCUGCGCUUCAGGCUGGCUCAAGUACGACAUCAACCGCUCACGCCGCACCCAUCAGAUUUGGAGCAAGUGCUGCAACAGGUACAAUUUGUGAAAGAACAGCAGGAGGAUAUCAGUGAGAAACUUCAUGCAGAGUACCUGGCCUUGGAGAUGGAGAUUGCUGCUCUAGGCCUGGAUGUAAGUCUUAGCUGGUUUUGGGAUAUGGCAGACAGAGAAGAAGUGCCAGGGGAGGUGUUGGAUUCAGAGUGUCCCUAUCAGGAGCUGAAAGACUCCCUGGUCCAGGCCUUCCACUCGCUGUCUGAAAGGUACCAGACCAGGAUGCAGAGUCUAAAAGAACGCCUCCAAGGAAUAGACAGGUUCUGUGGCUGGGGUGCAGAUGACCACCUUCGCUUCGAGCUGACAGUCGGUCAGUACACUCAGGACAUCCCCGACCGCAGAGCACUGUAUAUGGACAUGCUGCAAAGAGUCUUCUCCCAAAAAAACAGGCAGGAGCUGACGGAUCAUGAGUAUAUCUGGGACCUGCAACACUUCACCAAAGCCCAGCUGUUUGCGUUGGCCCAGAACUGGCAGCGGGACCGAGAGGAGCUUUUGGCCAGAGCCCUGGUCACUCUGGAGGAGGCCAGGCAUACCCACCAGGAGGAGCUGGAACUCCACAGGAACCGCCAACACCAGCAGGAUGUCUGCUCACGGCUCAGGGACAAGGUGCAGCGGUGGCGUGCCCAGCAGGAGGAAGUUGCGAGGCUGGAGGCGGCCGUAGCAGCCCGGCGACAACAGGAGGAAGAAGAAAGGCUGAUGAGGAUGAAGCAGAAGGAGGCAGCCAUCAGGUCACAGCAGGAGGAAAAAAUGAGGCAGUUUUACUUGAAGCAGUGGAGGAGGAGGCAAGUGGUGGAGAGGAGGGACCAGGAGAGACUGGCCCAGCUGAGGAGUGUUAUGGAAGAGCAGGCGAGGCGAGAUAAGGCGAGGGUGAUGUUUCGGGAAGAGAUGCUGCUGCGUCGCAGGGAGGAGAGAGAGGGGCGUCAGCUGGAGCGCCAGAGAGAAGAAGAAGAGAGGCGGAACCGUCUGGAGGCUCUCAGAAACCAGGUUGCAGUGGGAGCGGAGGCAGACCCACACAGGCUGAUGGGAGACACGGAAGCUUGGAGGAACCGUCAGCGGCUCACGCAGGAAGAGUUACCUGUCUGUAAACCCCUCUACAGCAUCAACACGUACACAGACAGGCAGAUUGUGUCUGACCCAAGAGUGCGGGUGGAGCAGGCUCUGCGGGAGGCGGGUCUCCACCACUCUCACUACGCCCAAGAGGUCCUCUCUGGCAUCAGGCCCACCAAACCACCACGGCGGGACACAGAGUCCGCAGUCUGCAAACCGUAGCCCAGCUCUUCCGUCCUCAGAGCAGACCCACCUUACAUUUGGUACUGGACACGUGCAAACAUCUUCUGUUUACCACCACCACCUCCACCAGAGUCGCUGUGGUGUAACGUUGUUAUUGUGGUGUAACAUUAUAACAUUGUUAUUGUGGUGUAACAUCGGUUCUACUUGAUUUGAAUGUAUGAAAUAUUGUACUCACAAUUGGUGAGGUCAAGUAGUACUUAAAAUGUAAACACAGCGGCAUAAUGACAUUGUGUCAUCACAACGUAGGCCGCCGGGGGAAAAUGGUACAGCUGACAUGAAUAUCUUUUACUAUUGAUUUUACUUUUCAAUGGCUGGUGAAAAAAUAACACGCCGUCUCUUUUUAGCUGUGUAAUCAAUAUCUACACUUACAUUAUAACAUAAUUCUCUCUCUCUCUCUCUCUCUCUCUCUCUCUCUCUCUCUCUCUCUCUCUCUCUCUCUCUCUAUAUAUAUAUAUAUAUAUAUUGCUUUUUUUGUGUUUGUAUUUCUCCCACAUCAGCACUUGUUUGGUGUUUACAUCAUCAGGCUGAUUUGGUAGAGGCCACUUGUGCUUAACGUGUGCUGCUCACCCACAUGUCACAUGUCAGCAUCAGCAGGAAACGCACCCAUGCCGCCGCUCACGUUUAGCCGGGAGGCGUAUCAGAUGCUGCACAGCUGCCUGGCUCAUGGGCACUUGGUGGGGAGAUCAAGCACUUGUGUGUCUUAGGGGACAUCACAAACUAUCUGAAAGUGUUCAGAGUUUCAGGACCAGAGACAGGCCAUAUUAAAACAUAGUCUGACAACUAGA